AUGAAGUGGGAUGAUGACUCUUUUCAAAGUAAUGUUGUUGCCAUGUCAAAUAUCCUGAAGCGUCUAAGUUACAUGGACUUUCCUGAAUGCACACAGGAAGCCCUCCAUUAUUUAAGUCGAUGUCUGCGGAAAGAGGCUGGCAGCAUCCCUGGUCUUGGAGGUGGCGGGGAAGAUUAUGCUGUAGAAGUUUCCAGAGAUUUCAUUCAUUUUGCACGCAGUCCAAAGAGACUGACUGCCAUUCAAGAACUGCAACUUUUGGAGAUUCUUUGUUCUUAUAUUGCUGAGCAAAGAGAGACUGAACGAAAUGCUGUAUUUGGAAUUAUGUUCCACGGGGAACCAGCUUUGCUCAAAGUGAACCUGCUCACUAAAAUUGUUUCCAUGGCAAUGUCUAUUCGAUGCACACCUGUGCUUGAUUGCACUGCUCUUUGGAUGCAGGAGCAAGGAUGUGACAGUGAACCUGUCCGCUGUAUGGCCAAAUCUAUGGUGAAUGAUUAUUGCCAGUUAUUUCCUGGGGUCAUCCCAACCUUCCAUGCCUUGCCCAGUAUCUCACCACUGUUUGCCUGUAAUUUUAUUGCAGCUGUUACAUCUCUUUAUCCCUGUAACUCUAUUGAUGAUAUACCUCCUGAGACUUUAGUUGAGCAUGUCACCAAUUGGAUAUCCUCAGACAGCAACUUGUGUUCAAUGUCAAUGCACCCUCCAUCUGGGGUUGGUAACUAUCGGAUGUUUACCUAUCAUGCAUCAUCUCCCUUUCCAGGCCUGACCAACUGGUGUGUGAAGGGCCCUGUGCUUUGCUUGAAAGCCACAGACAACAACAACAAGAACUGUUGGGGGGAAUCUGCUAGCAGCUGUACAAACAGUGGAUCUAUUACAGGUGGAGCUGGCAGUGGAGGGGGAGGAGGAGGGUCAACAAGCAAACCCCACCAACAGCUUUUCUCUCGUCUGCAGCUAGGUGUCUUGCAAAGUCUCUUGGCCAGUCAUGCUGCCAAUGGGAUCCACAGUAAUGGUACCAGUAACAAUGGAGCCAACAACACUCCAACUACGACUGGCUCUGGUUCAUCCACUCCUAAUGCCUCAAACACAGCAGAUGAUCCAUUCACUGCAGCUGAUCUAAAAAAGACUUCACAGGAAUUGAUAGAGAUUUGCAAUCGGCUUGGAUUGUCUCCUGAUGAUGAGACUUACCUGUGUUCUGUCGAAAGAUUAGGACAAAUUAUCCAGGUUGCACUGGCCAGUGCCACUCUGCGUGCAAGACCAGCUCAAUUAACUGAAAUUCUUCAACUACUUCCAGCCAACAGGUUACUAAAACUGAUGAAAGUUCACCAAAAUAGCUACCCAGCCAUGUGA